UCUCAGAUGGAAAAUGUUGUAUCUUGUAUUCUUUUCGCAAGGCUCAAUCUUUGGGCUAGAGCCUUGCCAUAAGUUUGAUUAUGAAAAAGACCUCAAAAAUUCCACACCUCCUUAUUUUCAAAGAGGCAGCCGGCUGGGAGUUCUUGGUCCACGUGAGCAGUCUCUCUGCUUAUUAGGGACGAAUGAGGAUCACGUCGUCCACAACCGAAAUUGUCGCAUUGCGAUCGCCACUCGGUAUCAGAUUUCGCACAAGCAGAUCGCUACCUGUGAUCAGUUAAAUUGAGACGGGUCUAGGGGCCUCUUAGGCCACUGGAACCCGCAUUCUCGCAUGUUUAACCAGACUUUCAGGGUAUUCCGGAACCUAGAAUCAGUCCAACGGAGUUGUCAAGAACCCUGUUCCGGCGGCCUGAGCUUAGCGAACCAUUUCAAUCCGACGGGGCCAUGUCUGUCUCGCGUGGGCCUCCUGGUAGACACGAUAUCCCUAUCGAGGAGCACAACUGGAUUCACGCUCGAUUUUGUUGUUCCCCAGGCUCCAUCCAGCUGGAGUGGACAGACUUGAAUGCAGGGCUUCCGUUUGAUACCGAGAGCCGACACGGCAUGGACAUACGCGACUGUGAAGUAGCCACCAGGUGUGAGACAGCAGGGAAUCCAUUGCUUCCGACGGACAUAUAAUAGACGUGUACCACCAGUCAUCUGCCUGAGGGUAACCCUGUGUCAGUGAGAAGCGUGCUCGGUGCGAGUUUCUGCGGCCUGGGCUGUUGCUGUUCAAGUUUCCUUGCAUCUCGUGGUUUCAAAGAGUUUCUGGCCUCUAAAAUACCGUCGAUGCCGCGCCAUCCUGGCUGAGACGGCUUUUGCCGUUUCCCGUACUCUAUCUAGCCUUGGCCUAGGCUCCAGAUGUCAGCCGUACUUCCGAAAGAGGCGUAUGUCAAGUCCUACUUAAUAGUCUCAAACCCAGAAAUUUGCGGAGACUGGAUACCAUUUGUAAAGACUCUUCCUCUGGGUUGGGGCUAUACUGAGAUGUCGUAGUCUGCUGCUCUCUGGGAUCCGUUAGCAUUGUAGGCUCUGACAGAAGGGACCAGGCGGCUCGACAUCGUCCAUGAGCUCGAGUCCUAUAGCAGCAGGGUUGCCUUGCCACUUUCUGCAUGUGCAGUUGCAUUCUUGGCUCUCCUUGAGAAGGGGAUUGUAGAAAGAAGCUGGUAAAAGGGACAUAUGCUUGCAUUCAUUUUCCAUGGAUGUUUUAGUCGUGUUGGGCCGACCCGUGGCCGUGUCAUUGGGAGAGUCGACGCUUCUACCCGUGACGGCACCGGCCGGAGCAACGGCCUAGAACAUCAAAGCAAACAGAAGAGGAGACUCCAGACCUUGAUGGAAUUACCAAUGCAGCUGAUCUGGUGCAGAAGGUCUUGAAGAUCUUCUACCUUUUUCGUCUGAUUUUGCGGUGCGGAUCGAGGUCCAACCAUUUAUAGACGUCAUGUUGGCGUGUGUGGGUGGUGUAGUGCAGAUGUUCUAGCCUCAAGCGUCAUCGUGACCAUGACAUCAUUCUUGAUCACUCCCUUGUGAUACCACAUCUGUCUGCCGUCCCUUUCUUUCUUAACUUCAAACACCUCCUGUUCCUAAUUCAUUCCUCGAAUCGAACUUUCUAACCAAGCAGAUCUCUCAAUUCAACUUCCUAAUUUCCGAUCCAAUACCUUGGCAAUUGUCGACCUCGACUUCAGCAACGUCCUUCGAGCAACAUCACAGGCUUCACUCAACACACCUCCCCCAACAAAACAAACACCCAGAGCCAAAAUGUCUUUCCUCACCGAGAUGACCAUCCGCCGUAUGGCAAACAUCUCACGCACUGCGGCCCGCUCUUCCCACAUCACAUCUACCGCCCCCCGAGCAGCUUUCUCCACCACAGUCCAGCUGCGAAAGAACCCCGUUGAUGCUACCAAGGAUGGCCUGAAGAAGGUUGACCGCGUGGUGUCUGACAAGCUCGUUGACGGCAUUGACAUUGGAGUCGCCGCCAAGGACAAGGUCAAGGAUGUCACCGCCAACGUCACCGGAGGCGAUGUCAAGGGCAAGGCCGCCGAGCUGAAGGGAGAGGCCGCUGGCAAGGCACAGGAGCUCAAGGGCGAGGCGAGCCAGGUCGCCGGCCAAGCUAAGGGCAAGGCUGCUGAGAUGAAGGGCGAGGCCAAGAAGAAGGCCAACGAGCUAUAGUUGCAUCAAGGACUCGGAGUUAAUGGGAAGGGUCAGUAGACCAAGGCGGGUUUUACGACGAUACGAUGACAGGUUGAGCAUCGCCUACGCACCACAAGAGGCCCAGGGGCGCCAACUUGAUCAGCUGUACUUUUAGUGGUUUUUACAGCAUUGCAUUGCUCGGUGAAAGGUUUGCCAACGGAAUGAAAGAAAAGUUUAAUG